CUCAAAGGAUCCCCAGGUCAAGGACUAUUCUUUCCUUCAAAUACAUAAUUCACAUUAACUGGCUAUAGUGAUUCAGACUGGGGGGCAUGCCCUGACACGAGAAGAUCAAUCACUGGAUACUGUACAUUUCUAGGAAGCUCAUUGAUCACAUGGAAGGCAAAGAAACAAGAAAUUGUAUCAAAAUCCUCAUCAGAGGCAGAGUAUAGAGCGUUGUCGCAGAUGGCGUGUGAAAUUCAAUGGAUUACACAAGUGUUAAAGGAUCUCAGAGUUGAAUACAAAGGAUCAGCAAUGGCGUAUUGCGACAACAAAUCAGCAAUUCACCUGGCAGAAAAUCCGGUGUUUCACGAAAGAACGAAGCACAUAGUAAUUGAUUGCCACAUCAUACGAGAAAGAGUUAGGUCAGGUUUGGUUACCUUGAAAUAUGUAUGCACUGAUCGUAAUCUGGCUGACCUUUUCACCAAGGGGCUCAGCGCGCAUUGGUUCAAGUGGAUUGUGUUCAAGCUGGGAGUAUAUGACAUAUACUCGUCAGCUUGUGGGGGGCUGUCAAGCUCCAUGAGCAGACCAGAAGGAAAUGAAGAUGAAGAUGAACUUGAAGCCCCUGUCCAACAAUGGUCAAAAGAAGAAGAAGGAGGGAAGAUGCGACGUAGCAUUUUAACACAAGGAAGAAAGAAGCAAGAAGGAAACGACAACGUACAUAAUUAGUAUUGUACUGCUUUACCGUUUUACUUGUUAUUAGUUGUAGCUAAUAGUAGACUGACACUUGUAUCGUUUUUUAUGGACAAGGCAGUUAGAAUUCGUUUUGUCCUGUAGUUCCAUUUUUUCCUGUACAUAAACCUGCAGCAAGGCUGCGAAUGAGAUCAUAAAAUCAUUCCACAAUUUCUGUCUUUUUACAAUUAUUCUCAAGUUAAACCACACGCAGCUACAAGGUAAGACUCAUUGCUUCAUACACAAUUUUGAGCUUAAGGAAUGGAAUGGGCUCAUGUCUCGAAACCAAUUGGUACAAAGGUAAUCUUGCUUCACCCUAGCCCUCGAUUUAUUUAUUGAUGAUGCAUGCUGAUGCUACGGUGCCAUCAAGUUGUGUUUCGUACGUAGGGAUUAGGAUCCAUGAAUGUGGGAAUUCCAUACUUCUUGCAUGAUUAAACGUGGACACCAGCGGCAAAUUGUACCCAGGGAAUCAGGAAAGAAGCCAUUAGUUGGUCCUAGGAAUUUCAUAUGGGGAGCAGUUAGUCGACAUGAUGCAUGCAUUGGUUUACUUACUUGGCAAUGGACAUAGCAACGAGAGAAAAUGACAUGGACUUAUUCUUAAACAAUCACGAAACGAGUAGCAUAAACAAAACCGAAUAUGCUUCGGUUUCGGCCUAUCGGAGAGACUUUACUUCACGGUGUCAAUGGUAUUCUUAUUUAUUACAAACGAUAAAAUCCUAAACUAGCUAGGUCUUAAUUACCGUGUAGAAUUCAUUAUUAAAUGAAAUCUUGUGUUUGGUAUGUCAUAUACAAAUCUUUAGAAAUAAAAUGAAUUGUCUUGUAGAAUUCAUUGUCAAAUGAAUUCUUGUAUUUGGUAUGUCAUAUGUAUAAGUAAUUUAGUAAAUAAAAGAGGAUAAUUAUAUUCUUCUAUUAUAAUUCGUAAAUUCUUGUGGAAUUCAUUUGGAAAUUCCAUAUCAAUUCCUCGGAAUUGCUAUAACUAGUUCCAAUUUCAUAGAAUUUAAAAUUUAAAAUUGAAAAUGAAUUCUUUUGAAUACCAAACACAAAAAUGUUUCAUCUCAAAAUGAAUUCCUCAAAACUUAUGUAAUUCAUUUAUACCAAACGGUGUGUUAGUGGCUACACUGCUCAAAAAAUUGUCUUUGUCUUUCUGGAUUAAACCACGAUCCAACCGCUCCCAUCCGACAUUCAACCAACUAAACAUUGUCUUUCAACACUUGACAUACAUCCAUAAAAUCAAUACAAAUUAAGGGUAGAUUGAACUUAGUAAACCAAAUUACUGGUUACCUUUAUUACCACCACUCUAUCAUAUCUAUUGGUUUCCUCGAUUCUCAAAGUUAUUGAUUUUACCGAUUGCAAAUGCAAAUGUUUAAUAACAUUUAAUCUUUGGGGUACUUUAAGAUUAGGUUUUAGAAUCGAAUUAGUGAUCACUUCGUGAAUAAUUUUAUAAUAGGAUGAUGAGAGUGGUCGGACAAAAAGGUAAUACAUUGUUAACAUGUAUUAGGAAAAAUACUUUGUUUGGAGGAGCAAUGAUGAAACAAAAAGUAGGGUAGACAAUCCCUUGUUAACAAUCUCACCUUUUGGUAGAGAUUUAUAAUCAUUCAUAUUGAGUGAUUAUAGGUGGGCCCAACAAAAAGGUAAUACAUGCAUUCUAACUCAAAGUGAACCAAAAAAACGACUUAAUCUUAACAUUACAUGUAUUUGCUAAAUACCUCACUUCAAAUCUCAACCUCCAAUUCAAUUUGCACCCCUUCAAAUUUGUACCUUCUAUAAUUUGCAGCUCAAUUUAUACCAUCUCAAAUUUGCACCCGCUUUAUUGUCAAUAUAGCGUACGAAACUCUACUCGUUUUCAGCCCUAGUUCCAUUUAGGGCUGCAAAUAAGCCGAGUCGAGUUUUAUCCCAGCUUGAGCUGGGCUCGUUAAUAAACGAGUCGAGCUUGAGCUCAGCUCAUUUAUUAACGAGUCGUGUCGAGUCGAGCUCGAGCUAGCUUGUUUAUUAAAAUCUUAACAUUUAUUUGAUACUUCAUUUUGUAUAUCAUAAUACAUAUGAUUUAUUUUGUCAGCUAAUCUCAUAUUAUACUUUGUUGGUAUCAUAUAUCAUUUAGUUAAUAAAUUUUAACUACUCCAAAUCAUGUUAUUACAUAAUAUCGAAGCAAUUUAUUAUGCAUAAUUUCUUUUUAAAGUAGAAAAUAAGAUAUCUUGCUCACAAACUCAACGUGUUAAACUUUAUAUGUGGUGAGAUAUAUAAUUUAACAACCAUAUGAAUUAAAAUCAUAAGAUAUAGAUUGAUUCGUCCAUAAGUUGGUAAUCGAGUUGGCUCUCUAGCCACAUGUCAAGACAUAUCAUGAGCUCUAAACGAACCAGCUCACGAGUUUAGCUCAACAAGCCACCGAGUCGAGCUAGCUCGCGAGCUUCACGAGCUAAACAAAGGUGAGCUCGUGUUCGGCUCGUUUAUUAACGAGUCGAGUUUCGAACGAGCUUUUCUCGAGUCGAACACUAAACCGCUCGCGAGCAGCUCGACUCAUUUGCAGCUCUAGUUCCGUUACCUUACUAUAGUGGCGGAGGGUGGCAUAUUUGGGAAAAAAUCCAAAACUACCACUGUUUAAAAAAAAUUACAAAAAUAC